AUGCCUGUAGAAGCAGAUGACAAACAAACUAAUAACAACUCAAUGGACAAUAUGGUCAAGUCUAGACCUAAACGGCUUAAUGCUGGUAAUAAAUUACAAAAACUAUUAGAACAAGAAAAGUUGGCAGAUUCAUCUAAAUCUUCAACAAUUAGACAAUACCUCAAUAACAACCAAGAAGAUCAUGAUGUAUUGGAUCUAUUAUUUCAAGACGAUGAUGAGGAACAAAAGGAGGAUAUUGAUUUUGUAAUGGGAGAUUAUAUACAAAAAGAUGAUGUUUUCACAGAUUCAGAUAACGAAGAUGAUGAUAAGGGAGAUACUAGAGAGGAAGAUACCAAUGAACGACAACUUGAACAAGAGCGUAAGAGAGAAAGAAGAUUAGAAAGAAAGGCUAAAAAUAAAAUCCCGGUGUUAACUAAGAGAAAAACAGUUGAUACGAAUGAUAAAAAUAUUGUGCAAGAUACAGAAACUCAGAAGCAACAGCAAAGAAGAACAAAAAGGAGGAGAUUGGAGUUGCAAAGUGCGGAAACUCUAUUGUCCCAAACAAGACGUACAAGCAGCAGGAAAUCGGCCAUCGCUAAUAAAAUAAGAGUAUACGAAAAAUUACUGGAAGAGGAAAAGCAGAGAAAUUUAUUGCAAGAAAAGUACAAGAAAAUAGCAUUAGCCAAAAAGGAAAGAUAUAAAGAGCUAACGCAGGAAGAAAAAUUACAGGAAGCUCUAAAAACCGAAAGCAUAAACAGAGCUAGUUUAAACAAGUAUAAGGAGAUGGAACUACAUAACAAAAAAAAUAGAUUAAUGAUGCAACAAAGGGGCAAAAUAAAAUUUAAAGCUGGGGAGGAAAUUUUAACCAUGUAUAGUUGUGAAUGGCGCGUAACGCCAGUAAUGGAAGUUGAGGAUUUGGAAUACUGGAAAGCAGAGUUGAAAAAAAGAGAAAAUGGGGGGAGAAAAAGAAGACCUAGAAGGAAAAAACCCCUUAAAAAGCAACUAAAAGAAAAAGGAAAAGAAGAAGAAGAAGGACAGGAAAAGCAAUUGAAUGUUAACAAAGAUGGUGGUGAACAACAGCUUUUGAACAAAAGCGAUGUGAUAUUACAAAAACCUGUUAUAAAUGAGGGAAAAGAAAAUAAAAAUGGCGAUAUAAAUUUUAUGGAUGAAACUGAAGUUAAGCAAGUGACUGUGGCGCGUAAUGUUUCGGAAAAUAAUUGCAAACACAGGGAGUUGGAUCGUGAAAACAUGGAAACUUUACAAAAAAAUAUUAUCAUACAAGAACAAGAAUCAUUCAUACAGAAGGAACUAUCAGAGGACCACAAUACUCUUCACUCUCUACCUAAAACAGAAGGGAAAAGUUUUACUGAGAACCCAAAUCCUAUUACCAAAGAAUUGAAUGGAGAUGUAAACGAUGUGUACGAAGAAUCACCCUAUCAAGGUCCAGAACAGCAGGUAUCGAAGAAUUUUAUAUGGUUACAUACUUUCCUACCUCAGCCAACAAAUCAGGAAACAACCGAUAUCAAAGCCUUUUUAUUUGGUCAGCCAGUUAAGCCUGCUUCGGCCAUUAAGGAAGCAUUAGAAGAUGAUUUGGAAACAAUAAUACAUUCAAAAAAGCCUACCGAUCAGGAUAAACCCAAAAUCAGGCAAAUUUCGAUAAAAGAUGUGGAAACUAUUCUGGGAAACUUUCCUCGAUUUGGCGAAUAUGAUAAGAAAAUUAAACAUUCCGAUGUUGUACAGCAUCAUAAUACAGAAACUAUAGAAUUGAAAACAAAGCCGCCAAGUGGUUUAUUUUUGCCCAAUGGACAAAGGAAAAAAUGUUUGUUUAGUGGUAAAAACGCACAAUAUUUUGAUCCGAAAUAUGGUAUUCCAUAUUCUGAUCUAGAAUCCUAUAGAAUGUUACAAGAAAUGAUAGAUUCGCCUUGCAAGAUGCAAUGGUUUGAGUUUAAGAACGGUGGGAUUUUAUUGAACUCAAGCAUAAAACCCGCUAAGGGUUGUCCAGAAGGGUUUUAA